UUUGAAGACUGUAAUUUUGGCUAAUUCAACAGGCCGUUCUUUGGAUCUUGUGACGGUUGACCCGAUUUCUACGACUUCAGUGGGAUUUAGUAGUGGAUUUGCGACACCUACGCUUCGGGAAUUGACUACGGAGGCAUCUUUGACGGCAACGAGCACGGCUAUACUUCCCAUGGCUACCAGAUGCGGCGAGUAUGGAAAUUUUACAAUGACUUGGGACGAUGUACCUGGAUUCAUUCCAAUCGAAAACAACACCUUCCUCGCGCCACCCGUGGUCAACGCCUACCAUCAUCUGUUCUCAGCUAGUGGAUACGCCUACGUUCCUCCUGGAUAUGAGCCCUAUCCGCCGGCAUCAGCGCCGAACGUAGCCAUGUUCUUCCCUAUCACUGGACUCAUGCCAAACCUGCCAUUCGUAGAUAGUGUCCGGCCAGGAGAGAUUGGAGCUGGACCUCGGGCGUCAGUCAACUCUUAUUGGUUUCACGCUUACAAUGCGUUCUUCGGAUGCGACAAUCCAGGACCGCUCGACUGUACCAUGCGAAUUUCCGGCUACCAGUACGACGCCGCCGUAGAGCAAGAAGUGCUUGUCACGCAGCAAAACACCACGAUUCCAGCGUGCUUUGGCUUCAAAGACUGCGUCCUGACGCAGGUGGACUUCUCAGACCAGUUCCGCAACCUGUCGGGGAUUCAGUUCGAAGCUUUCCUCAUUAACGAUAUCUUGCCGAGCGUGUUCAUGGUGGAUAGUUUAGCGAUGGGAUGGUACAAUAACAGCUGCUCUUCAGGCAUACUCCGGAUGGGAUCCCGCAAGUAGAGGCGAGAUCGUGUGUGUGGCGAUUUUGCUAAUGACCGUGUUAGACUGGGGCCCGCCGUAAGGCUCCUCAACACGGUCGCUGAGGUUGUCAUUCUUGCGAAAUAGGCCUAGGUAGUAGCUUUCGGGGUGCAUAUCGGCUUUGUAAGCAUAGGAAACUCGAUAAAAAUACAACUUGUGC